AAGUCAUUGUAACAGUAUCACAAAUGCUAAAAUCGCAACGCUUAAAAAUAUCUUAUUAAUUAAUGCUUUUUGUUUAGUUCAUUAGCAGUUGAAAUACGAAUUAUUGUUUUUUAUCCCAUCUACAUUCUAGACAUAUCUCUAAUUACGAAGUGAAUGUGUUGUCGUAAAAUAUCAAACUUUUUAAUGCCUUGUACUUUUCCUCCAUUAAUUAUAGGCAAAGAUGAAGAAAACGAAUGUCGACCAAAUCCUGUGUGUGUCAUUACUUAUUCUGCUGCUUCCUGCAAAGAUGGAAAGUCACAGUCCGGCUUUCAACGAUAAGGAGCAGCUCAUCCUUCCCGAGUCCUACAAUAUCGGCUGGAUGAUGGAGCUGGAUGGUGACACUCUCCUGUCUGAUAUCACCAUUCCUGGAACGCAUGACACCAUGGCACUUUAUGGAGGACCCGCAGCUGAGUGCCAGGCCUGGAACCUGGAGGACCAGCUGAAGGCAGGUAUCCGCUACCUGGACCUCCGAGUGUACGCUUUCGAAAACACGCUGUACCUCAUGCACGGGAUCGUUUACGAGCACUCGACAUUCACCAAGGCUCUCGACACACUCAAGGUGUUCCUGUCGGAGUUCCCAAGCGAGACGGUUCUCGCCCGAGUCAAGCCCGAUUUGUUUGAUAAGAGUAAAGUUCAAGAAUUGGUUGAAAAGCUCAUCGAGGGCGAUAGCAGUGUCUGGGUGAAGUCUACCAUACCACGACUGGAUGAAGUAAGAGGCAAGAUUGUGUUUGUACAAGAAGACAGCUUUAUGCUUGGCGUGCCUCUGCUGGAAACCGACACCAAGGGGGACUACAAGGUCGUUCAUGUUAAUGACAAGGAGAAAGAAAUCUCUCAGCACCUCAAUCUAGCCAUGAACGAGUGCGGAGGAAAUUCUCUCAUCCUCACCUAUUCCAGUGGCACGGGCAUCGGCACGUUUGAAGGCAUGUUUCUAACACCGAAAAGGGUGGCUGAAAAGAUCGACCCUUGGCUGUAUGAUUAUCUGCAAAUGCUGCUUGCUGAGGGGUCUACACCGUGUUUCGGGAUCAUAGCCAUGGACUUUCCAAGCUUUGACCUCAUACAAACGGUCAUCAAGUUUAAUAACUAGCUUUGCAGGGUUGCUUCAAAUUCUAAUCAAACUUAAUGGUUAAUGUUUUCAUGGUUUGCAAAUUUCUACAUCAGGAUCCAAUUAUCCUUUUAUUUCUAUAAUAGCUAAUGAAGACAUUUCUUGCAUGCAUUUUACAUAAUAACAUCAAUCUCUUUCUAAAUAAGUCUGUUAAUCCUGUCUUACCUCUGUGGCACCUACUGGAGUGUUAUUUUUUCAACCUGUUUAACUGUGAUUGUAAAUGUGAUUGUAUUGCAUUCUGAAAAUAAUAGCAGUAAAAUGACUUUUGCUGUUGCUUUUGUAUGUCGUUAUUUCUCCUGGAGCUAUUAAUCUAGUACAAGUAGCCAGUGAAAUGUCAAGUAUAAUUCAAUGAUGUAUAAAGCUUAGAGUAAUACAAUGAAUUACAAAUAAAGAGAAAAUAUCAGGUUUGAUUUAGUUUACCCCAACAUGUUAAUUAAUAGAUUAACUAACACACAUGUACUAACAUGUAAUUAAGGUGAUCGUAAUUCACGCAGGAAUUCAUAAGAUUAACGUCGUAGUUAUGUUUAGCUCUGUUAAUGAUUAGUACCUUACCUCAUCAUUAGUUUAUAUUUAAGUAGGUAUUAAUUCAGGGAUUAAUGCAUGAUUAUUUAUAUACUGUUAUUAUAAUAGUACUCUCAAUUACUGAGUAUUUUGAGUGUGUGUUUCACUGGGUCUCAUAUGUGACUGUCAGAUGCUUUGUGAAUCAUGAGACAAUGGCAUAAGAAAUAAACAGAUUUCCCCUUUUAUUCAUAGCAGAGUGGCUCUGUGACAUUUGUAUGCUUAUGCCACCAUCUACAGGCGUGGCAGCAUAACUACUGGACCUUUUAUAGGAAACUAAAUUCCCAAAUAAAAAACUG